GGUCACAUGACUACCGGUCACAUGACGAGGUGAGAACAUGUCAGGACCUAACGGGGACCCGCAAAUCCCUCUUGGCGAGGUGUCCGGGGAGGAAGACUAUGCAGCCUUGGACUUCAUGUUGGAUCAGAUCAAUUUCUGCUUGGAUCACUUAGAGGAGAAAAACGAUCUCUUGCACGCUCAGCUCCAGGAUCUUCUAGAAUCCAACCGGCAGGCCCGGCGUGACUUCCAGGAACAGCUAAGCCGGAGUGGAGCGGACAACGCGCCGCAGCUGGGGGAGGGGGUAUAACCUCUAUACAUGUGUGGUCCAGAGCUCCUCCCGCAGACCACCAUUUAUUAACCACAACCCUAGCAAGAACAUUACACAGCAGGAAUCUUCAUCCUCUGGCACUACAACUCCCAGCUGGAGUGCCCGAGGUUGCUGAGUCCUGUCAUAGAACAUGAGUAGAGCUUCUUCUAUGGGGGAGCACUACUGGUAUUAUGGGCCCCUGGGUCCUGCGAAUAAAUACCACGUCAUCCUCCAAU